AUGGAAUUAUCGGCAAUGAAACCUUACCUGGUAAGUCUACCUGGUGAUUUCUUUACCACAUAUCAAUUCUAUCGUGGUCCAGUACUGGGCAGUGGAAUGAGUGGCGAAGUUGUGCUAGCCACCUCACUUCUAUCCCCUAAACAUAAGAGAGCAGUGAAGAUAUUGUCAUUGCUGACUACUGAUGGAGGCAUCGAAAACACGAGGUUAUUUAAUAGAGAGGUCAACAUUUUACAAGGACUGUCUCAUCCACACAUCGUACAACAUACUAUUUCUGUCCGUUGUCCUGAGUACUUGGCCAUUUGUACUCACUACUACCCUAAUGGAACGCUGACCUCCAAGCUGGACACCAUGACCCCGGAGUUGUGUCUCAAGUACUUCAUCCAGAUGACGUGUGUUGUGCGUUAUCUCAAUGUUAAACAGAGAAUAGUACACAGCGAUAUCAAGCCGGACAAUAUUUUCAUCAACGCCAACAGCGACCCAGUUCUUGGAGAUUUUGGAUUAUCAUUUUCCAUUCCCCCAGGCCACACCAAGAUCUCAACGAAAAAUAUUGGUGGCACCAUGUGUUUCUCUGCUCCAGAAAUAGAGCGCUGCUCAUAUGUUGAUCCUCACAAGCUAGACAUGUACUCUCUAGGCGUGGUUCUCUGGUGCAUGAUGUACCAGUCUGAGCCACUAUCAGACAGAGUCUACGAGUGUCUCGACGACUCCAAUUUGCUGUUUACUGCUCCUGACCCCCACGGUUGGUGCUUGAUUAGUACCGUAGAAGAUGACCCAGACAUAAGAAGUACAGCGGCAUCAAUGCUGAUCAACAUGCACGGCUGCGAUAUCCACAGGGACCUCAUUGACAAACUGUAA